AAAAACACAAAUAGACAACAAGUUUUACUUUAUUCAGUGACGUUACCAAAGUUGUCAGGAAAGAUUACCUCGUUAAAAGUUCAGACCAGAAUACAGGGCAAAGUUGACAAUUUUUAUUUAUCCGGAAGAGGUGAUUUCGUCGCUUUUAUUUCUGGAAAGCAACUAUUUGUGUGGAAUAGAAUCCAGUAUAAUAUGAAAAUCUUUAAAAAUAAUCAUAGACUCACAUGUUUAGCUAUUCACCCUCAAAAAGGGUUUAUAGCUACCGGUGAUUAUAUUGGCGUGAUAAAAAUUUGGUAUUUUAAUAAGGAAACUCAGAAACCUUUAAAUUCCGAGUUGCAUUGGCAUUCACACGGAGUUAAUACUAUAACUUUUACAAGCGACGGGGAAUACCUUCUAUCUGGAGGCAACGAAUCAGUUCUUGUAGUAUGGCAGUUGCAAACUGGAGCCAAGAACUUUUUGCCGCGCUUGGGAUCAGAAAUAUUAUGGAUCCGCGUAAGCCCCGAUGAAAAGUACUUUCUACUGGCUUGCGGAGACAACACUGUCCGCCUUGUAUCCUCUUUGACAUUGGCUACUUUAAACAUAACACAUGGCCCAGUUUUCUCGGGUCCCGCCGCUAGAUCUUCUUUUCCUUUACUUACGGUAAAUCCACGGCGGGGCUACCUACUUUUACCAGCCAUGCCUGGCUACUUGCAGUUUUAUGAUAUCGUUUCAGAUAAGCACGUUGACACGCUGGCUGUAUCACCCCGAAACUUUUACUUGGCUAUGCAAAAAUCCACCCGACUGAGUAAAACUGUGAUUGAGCAUGCGGUUUUUAGUUGGGAUGCCUCACGCUUAGCCACAGUCGAGCGAUGUGACAAUGGAAAGCUUGGGAAUGAACUUCAACUAAAAUUUUGGACUUACGAAGUUGCGGUUUCUCGGUUUGUUUUGAAUACAUGCGCCGACUCACCCCAUGAAAUCAAUGUUACGUGCCUCGUCUACCACCCUGCAAAGCACGUGGUCGUGACCACCGGCAGUGACAAAAAGUUUAAAGUGUGGGCCCAGUGCACCAUAACUAAAGAUUCUACUGCUACCACUUUCAAAGGCGAAGAAGGACAAACGAUACCUAAUAAUAAAGAUAUUUAUUACUGGAGCUGCCGGAAUGUGGGAGCGUACCGUGGUCAGCCCCCCACUUACGCUGACUUUUGCCAUGACGGGCACGUGCUCUUAUAG